CUCCACAGUAUGAGGAAGCCAUUAGCACUGCUCCAGUAACCAAAUAUUUUUGCUUCCUCCCCUCCAAACUGAUUUUCCAGAUUCAUUUUGGAGACUAGAUUCAGGUCCAAUUAGGUCACAGGGUGAGUAGUCCUCUGUGACAUUCUCUUAGCACUAGGGGUGCUUGUUAGAGGGGUGGCUAAUGCCACCGGACACCUGGAUUAUUCAAAGCUAGGGCUCAAGGUGUGGCCUCUUGGUCUUUUAAGGUCAACAUCAUUACUAAGUCCCCAGAGAAGAGCUACAGAGAGGAAGAUGGAAAGAGGUUUGCCCCAUGGGGAGGGAUUCCUCCUCUGCCUCCUUCUCCACCUGCUGCUUCAAGGAAGAGGAAACACUUUUGCCAUCAACUGCUCAGGCUUUGAGCAGCGUGGAGUGGAUCCUGCUGCCUUCCAAGCAGUGUUUGACAGAAAGGCCUUCCUCCCGGUCACUAACUACAGCAACCCCGUCCGUGUCAACAUUUCCUUCACUCUGUCUGCCAUCCUGGAGGUGAAUGUACAGCUUCAAGUGAUGACAUCAUUCCUGUGGCUAACUAUGAGAUGGUACAAUCAGUUUAUCAGGUGGAACCCAGAAGAAUGUGGGGGCAUCAUGAAGCUCAGCAUAGCAACUGAAAACCUGUGGCUUCCAGAUAUCUUCAUCAAGGAGUUGAUAACUGUGGACCAGGCACCUACGGGGCUCAUGGCUUAUGUCAGCAGUGAAGGGAGCGUCCAAUACAACAAGCCAAUGAAGGUGGUCUCCAUCUGUAGCCUGGACAUUUUCUAUUUCCCCUUUGAUGAACAAAACUGCACGUUCACCUUUAACUCUUUUAUCUACACAGUGGAGAACAUGGUCCUGGGCAUGCAGAUGAAAGUGCAGGAUAUUUCAAACAUAUCACGGACCCUCAUUCAGAGCAAGGGGCAGUGGUUACUUCUGGGUAUCUACCAGAGCACAAAGAAGACGAUUGUGGGCACCAACCAGUACGACCAACUUGUUUUCCAUGUGGCUGUCAGGCGCAGGCCCAAACUCUAUAUCAUAAACCUUCUGGUGCCCAGUAGCUUUCUGGUUGCCAUCGACGCCCUCAGCUUCUACCUGCCAGCAGAAAGCGGGAUCCGCGCCCCAUUCAAGAUGACACUUCUGCUGGGCUACAACGUCUUCCUGCUCAUGAUGAAUGACUUACUCCCAGAUACUGGCACUCCCCUUAUUAAUGUCUACUUUACUAUCUGUCUGUCCCUGAUGGUGCUCAGCCUGCUGGAGACCAUCUUCAUCACCUACAUGCUGAACCUGGCCACCACCAAGCCCCCACCCAUACCCCCGUGGCUCCAUUCCCUGCUUCUGCACUGCACCAGCCCAAUGAAAUGCUGUCCCACUGCUCCCCAGAAGGGAAACAAGGACCUGGGCCUCACCCCUGCCCACCUGCCUGGUCUGAAGGAGCCUGUAGAGUUUGUGCAGAAGGUGCCAGGUCCCCAAGAGGGGACCAUUGGUUGCCCUGUGUCAGCAAGAAUCUGUCCGGAAGAUGUGGCUCAGAAGCAGCACUUUGUCAGCCUGUGGAUACAGUUCAGCCGCAUGAUGGACACCCUGCUUUUCCGCCUCUACCUGCUCUUCAUGGCCACCUCCAUCAUCACAGUCAUCGUCCUCUGGAACACCUAGGCAGAUGCCCACCUGCAGGCUCUAGCCUGCAGCUUCUGUUGCCUCCAAAAACCAGCCAGGCUCUCAUGCCCAUUCAAAUCCCAGCCUCACAGCCCUGACAACCACCUUAUUUUUCAAUCCAGUCCUUUUGUGCAGUCAAACCAGAUGUGGAUGGUUUCCUACAUCCUCUCAGAGUUAGGUCCUUGCUCCUGCAUACUGUCAACUCCCCUCAGCCUUCCCACAAGUCUUGCUUGUCUGGCUUCUUAGGAAUACUUUCUUGAUUGAAUCACCCUUAAUAAAUCCCU